UUUUCCUCCUCCUUGCCGAUUGGCGGCUUGGCAUGACACUCCUGCAAAAAAUAGUGUAAUGUUUCCAGCUGGGUAGCUGGCUGCGUCCUCUGAAGGCAUCGGCAAUUUGCUUCCAGGCUGCACACGACAUCCCAGAAUGAGCCCCAUGAGGAAAGGAAAAGGCAAAAAAGGAGGGAAACAAAAGAAGACAACCGUGGCAGAUGAAGAAAAAUACAGAAAGAGCCUGCUGGAGGUUGAGACUCUGAAACAGCACCUGGUUCUCCGGAGGGAUGUGGCCAGGCAGGCAAUGGCUGACAGUGAAGGACUCAAGCAGAGGCUGGCAGAGCUGGAGCAAGAACUAAAGGAGGCCCGGGGGGACAAACAAGAUAUUUAUGAAGAGAUGAUCCGUCAGUUUCAGCAACUUCAGCAUCAGACUGAUACUCGGAUACAGCGCUUAGAAGCAGAAACUCAGAGCCUGCAGGAACAACUUGCUGCUUGCCGAGAGGAUGUGCAGCAAAGCCGAGCCGAUAAGGCAAAGAUGCAGGAAGAGAAGGAAGAGGCGAUCUCGAAGAUGCAACGCAAGAUUGACUCGAUGGAAACCGAAUAUGAAAAAAUCCUCCAUCUUUUCCUUUCUUCAGGGCAGCUUAGACCUUGUGCUGUCCAAGCUGGAGGCUGCCAAACUUGGCUGGGAGAAAGAGGCCACAUCCCUCCACCUGGAGUAUAAGGACCGGCUGAAGGAAUUUGGACUCAAUCCGCUGGAGAUCUGAAGGAGCAUUCACCAGAACGUGCUGCCAAGUCCUCUGCGUCGUCCACGCAGUUUAGCACCGCCGUGUAAACUGUUCUCAACCUCAGGACCGUUAUAUCUUGCAAAGCAAUAAUUAAAGGGUGUGCCUCUAA